AUGGGCCUUCCAACCCCUUGUACACUACGGGUCCAGAACUUGACAUUGCGUAGUCAGAAGCCGGGGGUAUUGUCCAGUUCCCCAACUGGCCAACCAAAGAGCAGUAGUCAAGCUCAGUCUUUGGCUCUGUGCCCUAAUAAACCUGCAAUCAGUACCAAGGGCAGCCAGCCAGAUCCUGCAGAAAGCAAUAGAAAAGGAGAGAGCCCAACUUCCGAGAGUCGAAGUACACCUGUCACACGGACAUCCAGCAUACAUCAGUUAAUAGCACCAGCUUCAUAUUCUCCAAUUCAUCCUCAUUCUCUCAUUAAACAUCAGCAGAUUCCUCUUCAUUCUCCGCCUCCAAAGAUAUCCCACCAUCAACUGAUACUGCAACAGCAGCAGCAAGUCCAGCCAAUUGCUCUUCAGACUCCUCCCAGUCAGGAACCACCUCCGUCACAACACUGUGUGCCACUCCAAAGCCACUGUCUUCCUCCAGUUCCCAACAGUGUCCAGUCACAACAUUGUUCCCCUGUUCACAUCCAUCCUCCUCCUUUAACAGUAUCUCCUACUCCAUCCCAGUCAGCUCAACAAUCAGUAGUAGUGUCUCCCCCACCUUCUCAUUCACCUAGCCAGUCACCCACAAUAAUUAUUCAUCCACAAGCACUUAUCCAGUCGCAAACAAAUCCUCUUGUGCCAUCUGCUCUUCAGUCAGAGCAGAAUCCCCAGCCGACUGGUAGUCCAGUACGACCAGUAGCACAACAGCUUAAUCUUCCAUCACAUCUUCCACUUCCACCUUCCCCAGUAGUACCCAUUGGGUCAGUGGAUCAGCCCACCCUGGUGUCCCCAGGUCAGCAGAUAGUGUCUUCAGCACCACACCAACAAUAUCCAGCCUUACAGUCCGCACCAAUCCCAAUUGCAGCCCCUCCACAGCUGUCAGCAUCUUCAACACAGAUUCAACAACUGCCCUUGCAGUCUGUGCAGUCUUUACAAGUCCAGCCUGAAAUUCUAUCCCAGGGCCAGGUUUUGGUGCAAAAUACUUUGGUCUCGGAGGAGGAGCUUCCUGCUGCGGAAGCUUUGGUCCAGCUGCCAUUUCAGACUCUUCCACCACCGCAAACUGUUGCAGUAAACCUUCAAGUACAACCACCAGUACCUGUUGAAGCCCCUGUGAUUUAUCAAGUGGAGAAUGUGUGUGAGGAGGAAAUGCCAGAUGAAUCUGAAUGUGCCCGUAUGGAUAGGACACCUACCCCACCAACUUUAUCUCCACCAGCUAUAGUCUUAGGGAAUGGUGAGGAACUCGCCUCAGAGGAAGCUUUGUCAGAACAAGUGGGACUUCCUGCAGUGGCUUCUUCAGUGAGUGCCUCAGUAAUUAAAUCUCCAUUAGACCCUUCACAUACAUCUAUUCCACCGCCUCCACUUCUGCUUCCAGCAGCAACAACAAGGAGUAACAGCACAUCAAUGCCUAAUAGCAUUCCUAGCCUAGAAAACAGACCUCCACAGGCUAUUGUUAAACCACAGAUUCUGACACAUGUCAUUGAAGGCUUUGUAAUUCAGGAGGGACUAGAGCCAUUUCCUGUAAGUCGUUCAUCUUUGCUGGUUGAACAGCCUGUAGAAAAAAGGCUUUUAAUGGAGGGUCAGGUCAUGAGUGUUGUGUGUGUUGAGUCAGAGCUACAGAAUACAAAACAUGCUGACAAUUCCUCUGACACAGAGAUAGAGGACAUGAUUACAGAAGAGGGACUAGAUGAAAUCGAGAAUGAACUCCUAAAGUGUGAGGCUUGUGGAAAAAUGGGAUAUGCUAGUAAAUUCCUACGGUCAAAGCGAUUCUGCUCCCUGUCCUGUGCCAAAAGGCACAGUGGUAGAUGUGCUAAGAAAUACGGACUGUUCUCAUCAGACAAAUCCAGUCGUUGGAAUCGGAAGUCAGAUAGCCAAAGUCUUGGACAGCGUGGGCGUCGACCAACUGGCCCGGAUGGGGCAUCACGAGAGCACUUCCUUAGACAGCUUCCAAUUACUUAUCCAUCUGCAGAAGAUUUGGCUUCUCAUGAAGAUGCUGUGCCAACUGCUAUGACACGAGAACGUGAACUUCGGGAACUCAGGAUAAGGAAACUACCAGAGAAUAUUGACUUGCUACCAGCUGUGCAAGCUGAUCCAUCAGUGUGGACAGUUGAUGAAGUUUGGGCCUUUAUACAUUCUUUGCCUGGUUGUCAAGACAUUGCAGAUGAAUUUAGAGCACAAGAGAUUGAUGGACAAGCUCUCCUCUUGUUAAAAGAGGAUCACUUAAUGAGUGCAAUGAACAUAAAGUUGGGGCCUGCACUGAAAAUUUGUGCACGCAUCAACUCAUUGAAGGAAUCGUAGUGGGAACGUGACGCUUUAGAUAACAGCCUCUCUCUCUGAAAGACCCGUACAGUAAUAAGCCAGUAUCUACACUAUGGCAUGACUAUUACUGUGAUAUUUUGACAAAGUUUUUUUCAUACAAAGACUUUGAAAUUAUUUCUCCAAAUACACCAUAUAAUCCUCCCUACCUUCCAGUAAUUAUCAGGCUUAUGGUAAACCAUUAGCAAGACUGGGGAAUCAUUCCAGUAAAGUGGAGGGUGAGGCAGAUUAAUGAAAACAAAAGUAUAAUAUGUUGCGGUAGAUGAAACUUCCCAAAAUGUUCUUUAUUAUACAAGUUUAAGAUUUUUUUAAAACAUAAUCUGAUGGUCAUUUAAAUUAUGUUAAUAUAUUCUGAAAGAUACAUUUUCCCAUGUAGAGAGUUUUUUAGACUAUGGAAUAACAGAAGAGUCCACAGAGUCUGUGGAAGCACUGAUUAUGGUAAAAUGCUAUGCAUUUAGUUGUGCUCUCUGAGUUUCUUUUAAUCUUGAGCCUAUUGUUUGAAGGGAAUUUUGACAAACCUAUUCUCUGAUAGGCUAAUCUUCUGCCAUUUUAAUGUUUUGUUCAUGUUUGGAAGCGUUCUAUAAAAUCUAGGAUAUUCAUCAUAAUCCUCGUGUAUGCAAUGCUAGACCUACUGAUUUGCGAAUGGCAUGACACUCUUCCCAGAGAGUACAGAAGCACAUACGUUACUUUUAUUGUUUGUAUGCUGCUAUGCACUAAGAGGGCAUUAAGUUGUUAUACUUGUUUUGCUUGCUGCUAGGUAACUUAGACCAAAGGAGUCAACACACACAUGGGCUGAAAGGAAAGUGUGUCAAUGUGUGGCUCCUAUUUAACAAAUGACCCUGUAGUAGUAGUAGGCAACUCUCAGUCCUUGUGGAGCAUGGUGUAUGCAUCAGAGGUCACCAGGACCUUCCACACACAUGCUUAGGCAGGAGUGUGAAGGCUGCCCAGACCUUCAAUCUCCCUUUAGACCAUUGAGACAGAAUCCAAAGGCCAGACCAAGUACAGAUGUUUGGUACCUUGAUGGCUGUAGCUAUGUGCAUGUCCAGGAAUAAAACCCAGGUCUCUCACAUGGCAGAUAAGGAUUCUACCACUGAACCACAACAGCAGGUUGAGCAAGUUAAAACUACAGAAAAAAAUCUGUCCUUAAGUAGAUCUAGCACUGUUUUUCUCAACAGAUUUUUGCAGGUAUCUUCUAGAGGUCAACAUUAGAUCUCUUGCUUUGCAUUAGAAUCUCCCGAACUUCAUAAAACAGAGAUUUCAGUUCUGAUAUUUUCUAUCAACCCCUAAGGCUGCAAAUUAGGGUUGCACAUGUUACCUAUUAAUGCGAAAUGUAUGAGGAGAGCUCUGAACCCAGAGCACCAAAGGAUUUAGAAAAGAGCUAGCAGCUGGGUUUUUUCUAAGCACUUUCUAGAUUUGUUGUUGUUUUGUUUCCCCCACAUCCAUUGAUGUACAGAAGAUCAGUCUCCCUUUCUUUUAGUUGAUAUGGUUAAUUUUGAAGGUAAAAUGAGGGAGAUUUUGAGUUCUGGUGUAAAGCAUUUCUGCUUUCUGAUUUCUGGUUUGAUGAGCCAGUAGAAAACUACAGCUCUCUCAGCUAUGGUUUUAUCAAAAUGCUUAUUAUUUUUAUACAAAAAUAUUACUGGCUAACUUUUAAUCUUUUGUUUGUGGUGGUACACUUUAUAAUAUCAGACAAAGAAUAUGGAUUACCUGUGAAUUAAUAAUGACAUCUGGUAUGUUAGGAACAUGUGGUCUUGUAUUGUGUAUACUAUCUUCUAGACCUACAGUUUAGUGUAAUGUUUUGUGCAUGUUAACUUCAUUAUUAUUUUGAUUUAUUGGCCAGAUUUCAGAAUAAUUUCUUCAGUUUGUUGUUAUACAGGACUGAAUUAUUAAGGGAUUGCUAGAACCUCACAGUCAUCCUGGUUUAAGCGCACACACCUUCUUACUCUUGAUGUACUACAUGUUAUAUAUAAAUUCUUUAUAGAGCUUGCAUAACCACAGAACACUCACUACUUCUGCUUUAAAGCUUAAUGAAUGGAAGAAAUGAAAAUGUAUGCCUUGUCUACAUCUAAAUAUUUUACUGCUUCAGCUGUGUUGGCAUAGUUAAAGCAACAAAAAGCCCCCAGAUCCCAUCAGGCUGCCUCUGGACAUUAUGGGUCUGUGCCCGUACACAUACUGAAUACAUGUGCAGUAAGCCUGCUCUAAGAUGUUCCAGUUAGAACAUGAUGGAGUAAACUCAAUUAAUUAGAACGCUCCAGCAGCCUUGCUGUCAUGUGUAUUCAGCAUCCCGGCACUUAAAAAUGGCAGCGAGGGUGCUUUAACUAAAGCUUGCUGAAUGAGUUUUAGUUAAAGCACCCCCACAACCAUUCUGAAGUGCAAGAUGCUGAAUACACAAGAUGCUGAGGGAAUUUUAAUUAGAGUGGCUCCCAAGAGCAUGUGUAUAGACAUGUAACACUAAUAUUGUAGUGUUACAAACUUUGUAGCACUCCAGAAUAAUAAGCAAUAUGGACCACAUGUUCAGAGGUCCCUGGCAUGCUCUUUAGCCAUGGAGCCUAUCAGUGAGUUGCAGGCAGGCUCACUGAUAGGCUUGCAAGCCAGGUUCCUAGGCAGCUUGAAAGCCCACCUUUUCUUGGGUUUCCAAGGAGCCUUUCAAAGGUCUUGAUGCUUUAAUGGGCUGCAGGUGCCAUCACUAUUGUCCCUUUAAACUUCCCAGGCUGCAGGCAUCCCCCUCACCCUUACUGUUGGGCAGCAAAGGUGAAUUGCGUUCAUAGAUUCAUAGAUGAUAGGGUCGGAAGGGACCUCAAUAGAUCAUCAAGUCCGACCCCCUGCAUAGGCAG